AAAACCGCGCUAGAAUAAUUCAAAAACACGAAGAACCAUGGACAAUCCGGAAUCAAGUGAAAUCAAUGGAUCCAAUAUGUUAUCAACCACCUCAUGGUGCCACCCUGCUAAUAAAGUGCAUAGAUUUAUGGCACUCCUUUUGAUGUGCUUCCUUUGUUUUGGAUCAUAUUUUUGCUAUGACACACCUGGAGCUUUGGCCGAUAAUUUUAAAGAUGACGCUCAUUUGAAUACAUCACAAUUUGCAUUAUUAUAUUCUAUUUACUCAUGGCCCAAUGUCAUAUUGUGUUUCAUUGGUGGUUAUUUAGUUGACAGAUAUUUUGGAGUAAGAUUGGGUACUAUUAUAUAUAUGGUUAUAGUAUUUGUUGGGGCAGUGAUAUUUGCCCUAGGAGCCUAUAUCAAUGCAUUUUGGUUGAUGAUACUUGGCAGAUUUGUAUUUGGAAUAGGAGGAGAAUCUUUACAAGUAGCUGUAAAUAGUUAUGUGGUGCUUUGGUUUAAAGGGAAAGAACUGAAUAUGGUUUUUGGUCUUCAGUUGUCCUUUUCAAGAUUUGGAAGCACAGUUAACUUCUGGGUGAUGGAACCUAUUUAUAGAUGGGUUGCAAAUUACUAUGGAGGCUAUGAACGUUUAGGAGUGACAUUAUUUCUUGCUGCCCUUACCUGCUUGGUAUCACUCAUAUGUGGUCUUUUGCUUGGCUGGAUGGAUUACAGAGCAGAAAAGAUUUUAGGUCGUAGUGAGGAGCAAACAAAUGAGGAACCAUUCCACCUAAAGGAUAUAGUCCAUUUCAAGUCUACAUUUUGGCUUGUUUCUGUAAUUUGUGUUGCCUAUUAUCUUGCAAUAUUUCCAUUCAUUGCUCUAGGAAAGUUAUUCUUCGAGCGUAAAUUUGACUUCACACCUCAAGACGCUAAUAAUGUGAACUCGAUGGUGUACUUGCUUUCUGCAGCGUUAAGUCCAUUCUUUGGUAUUCUCAUUGACAAAACUGGAAGAAAUGUUAUGUGGGUUAUCAUCAGCAUAAUAAGUACAAUAGGUGCUCAUUUUAUGCUGGCGUUUACAUUCUUCAAUCCUUAUAUUGGAGUGGUAUCAUUGGGGAUUUCGUAUUCAUUAUUAGCAAGUGGACUAUGGCCAUUAGUGGCUUUGAUUGUGCAAGAAAAUCAACUUGGUACUGCAUACGGCAUAUGUCAAGCUGUUCAAAACCUUGGUUUGGCAACUGUUUUGAUUCUAGCCGGAGUAAUUGUUGACAAAUAUGGAUAUUUAAUGUUGGAAAUGUUCUUUUUAGGAUGUCUAUUUGUUUCUCUUAUCGCUGCGGUCUUAAUUUACAUAAUUGAUUCAGCCAACAAUGGUGUAUUGAAUAUAUCACCUAGCAAGAGGGAAUCCAUGAAAAUUUAUCCCAGCAGUAGCAACGAGGAGACUGCGAAUUUGUUGGAAAAUGAAGAGAGUGACAAUCACGAGGAAACAGACUCAAGGAGACCCGACAUUGUGGAAACUCCGCCCCAACGUGACAUCGCUCAAGCGCAAUCCGAUAGAAUCCGUAGCAGAUACUUAUCGCAAAUAUUGCCAAACACGAACAUUCCGGACAGACAAUAACCGAAUAUUGACAAUAGGGAUGACGAAGGAGUAAAGCAAACGAAAUUCUAUUUAGCCUCGUCAGUUUAGAUUAUCAAAAAAAAUGAACACUUAUUUUUUUCUUUUGUCAAUCCACUAAAAAAUAAGGCUCGUGACGUCACUUCUAAGUAAAAAUUGUAGCAAGACGUGACAUCAUGUGACGU